AUGUUGCUCGUGUCGAAGUCAUACACCACGGCCUUCGUCGCCUCCCUCGCCACUCUGGUCUCCUACGCAACAGCGCAGGAGGCGCCGUGCGACGCGUCCACACAAGCCUGCCUCAACGUGAUGCAGGCCAAUACGUGCUUCGCAGCCUACAUCCGGGGCAACAACGUCACCGAAAUGCUGCGCUGCGUAAACGUCAACGACCAGACACUUGCUAGGGAGGAGCUUUGCGCCUGCUAUGGAUGCACCGAGACCAGCAUUCAAAAAUUCGUUAUCAAUAGCAACAUCUGUCAGUGA